AUGUACGUUGAUUCACAAUUCCGGGGUGUCGCCAACGACGAUAUCCUCACAGAUGAGCAGCUACUGCGAAAUUCCGAGCGCGCGGCUUCUGUCGAAGACUUAGAGGCUACCAUCAAAUUCGAAUGGGAUGCCCUCGAAAGACAGGAUUUCUUGGUUGCGCUAGCCAGCGCACCCAUCGGAUCUUCAAAAGAAGAGGCUCGUAAGAAACUUACGGCCCAAAUCAAAUUCGCGGAGGAAAUCGGCUGGCAAGAUGUCGUCAUUAAGGACGAAGCGGCCGUCGACGAAGCCCGCGGUGGAAACACCAGUCUCGAGGCGCGCUUUUGGGAAUUUGCUACCCCAUCCAAAUAUGCUACCCCAGCCAAACGACCGGCCUCUUCUACCUCCCCGGGCAUGCAGAGGGAGCUCAACGAAGAGCGGAGGGCCGAUGACGGACGACCAAGAGCGGGCAAUGGAAGCGGCGGCCCAAGCGAGGCGAAUCCGCCUGAAGGAGAUGAAGAAAGCGAACCGUAG